AUAAUAUUACUAAAAUCUUUGUACUGUAAUAAAAUAACAAAAGAGCAUCGACUAAAAUAAAUAAUGUAUAAAAGUCUUAAAGAAAACAGUAUAUAAACAGACAUCAAAAUAUUUACAACAAUUGUUUGCAUCCAUACAAUGUGCCAUUGUUAGAACAAUCUGGCCAUUAUUGUUGAGAUGUCGUUAUAGAAGGAACAAGUGAUUUUAUUCUACAGGAACAUAUUUGUAUUUACACUUCAAUUUGUUUCGCAAUUGUGGAAAAUGAGAAAUGUUCUGGUUGUUUUAGUUCUCUCGUGUAUUGGACUUAGUUGCGGAUUUAUUGUUCCCUCUGGCAUUCGAGAGAUUGUUCAAACUUCUUUGAAAAGUAAAGGUUUAACUACAAAACUUGAGUUUAAGAGAAGAAACUUGAUUAAAAGGAAAACGCGAACAGAUCAUUUUAACUUAACAACAGACGCAACGCCCAUUACUAAUAACAAAAAUCAUUCAAGCUCCAAUAACACCUUGGAUAAAGAUUUAUAUGAAAUUAAUGUUGAAAAGGAGGGCAACAUCCAGGAAAGAUCUUUUAUUUACAUUAAGCAAAAAUUUAAGAAACCGUAUAUAAAGAACGCAUUCGAAGUUAUGAAUAAAAAUAAUAAGACUUACAAAAACAAUAAGAACAAAGUGGGAAUAUUACCACAUUCUUUUUUAAAUGAAAUAAUGAAGAAACAAUAUGCUGAUGCGAAUGAAAUUAUAAAUCAAAGCACUUUUGAAAUUCAAAAUGAUGAACAAACCGGUGAUAAAGCUAUUAGUAUAGAAACUGAUAGACUUGCAAUGAAGGAAGGCGUUAGAGAUGAUUAUAUAGAUGAAAUUAUAAGAGAACUUUUAGGAGAACAAGUUACACAGACAAAAAGAAAAUUUCUUGAACGAAAGUUAAAUAUUUGUCAAGAUUGUGGGAAAAAAAAGAAAAUGCAAAGUUUUUACGACACACCUCCCAUUGAUAACAUGUGUCUAUGUAGGCUUAAGAAAAGUGGCAAGGUAGAAAGUUAAUCCAAAGUUGAACGAAUUUAUAACAAAAGUAAUAUGUUCUUUUCUAACAAAAAAAAAUCUUAAUUACACUAAAGGAAUGAGUUUUUGAAAAUAGAGUCAUAGUUGGUCUAUAAUAACUCAUAACAAUGCAAAGAGUGUGGUUCAGAGAAGUUUUUUACAGGAAGGCGCGCUUGGGUAGAUCUCGAUUACAAGUUUUGAAUGCUAUCAGAAUUGCGAUCUAUGCGCGCGCAUCCUUGUGACUUUGCCGUUUGUUGCUUCGAGAAAUGAAAUGUAAACACUGCAGAAUGCCAACAGAUGUCCAGAUAGCCAAUACGAAUGACACAAAGAUAUAGUUUCUAGAAAAGUUUUCUUCAAAAUGAUGUUAUUUGAUGUUAUAAUAAAUUCUC